AUGCCUGGUGUUGUCGAUACGCCCGUCGGGGCUGCAGCACCUGCUUGGGAUCUAGGAUUCAGUGUCGGGCAUCAAAAGGUCGAACUCGAUAUCGAUCUGGCCAGCAAAAGCUUGAAGGGAAAUACCGAAAUUACCAUCCAUCCACACCGGCAAGACCUGGGAACGAUCUGGUUAAAUUUUCGGCAAGGCGAGAUCAAGCGACUCAUCGUGAACGGCAAACAGGCGACUGCAAAAUACUCGGAUCCUUACGAAUCUAUCCAACUCUACGGACCCCAAUACCAUGAACGCUUGGUCCCCAAGCUCGACAGCCUACUCCAGACCCCUCUGAAGCCCACGGUAGCCAUUACGAUUCCCAAAAACGUUCGAAUCGACGAACUAGAUCCAUCAUCGGCGGAAGCUCAAGACCAGAUCGCCCUUCAAUCGACAGCCGGUGAUGUGGAUGGGCCGGGAGGAUCAAAGGCGCAAGAAGCAGCCCUCCCGCGAUUCUCGGCUCUUACAGUGAACAUUGAAUUCGUUAUUGAAAGCAUACGUGAUGGUUUACAAUUCGUCGGUGUUGAACAUGGAGAUCGCCGUUACCCACAUGCGUACACCACCAACUCGCUCGAGUCUGGUAUCGGAUGUCCCCUGUUUCCAUGUGUCGACGAUACGUCCUCGAGAUGCUCGUGGGACAUUUCGAUUACAUGCCCGAGCUCGCUCGGUGGUGUAUUUGACCGCAAGUCCAAAACUGCACCGGGUUCAUCGACACCGUCGCGCCCACGACCGCAAACCCGCCAACUUUCUGCCGAUGACGAGGGCCUAGAUAUGUCCGUGGUUUGCUCCGGCGACCUGACGGAUGACAUUGUCGACCCCAAGGACCCCAGCCGCAAAACAGUUUCAUUUUCCUCAUAUUCGCCAUUGGGAGCUCAACAAAUCGGAUUCGCUAUUGGUCCAUUCGAAUAUGUUAACCUUGCCGACUUCCGCGAGAGUGACCAAGACGAACAGCUUGGACAGAACGCCAUUCCUUUGCACGCAUUCUGUCUUCCAGGUCGAGCCGAUGAAGUUCAGAAUACAAGUUUCCCCAUGGCCCAGGCUAUUGAUUUCUUUUCGCUGUCUUAUGGAUCCUACCCGUACGCCAGCUACAAGAUCUGUUUUGUGGACGACGUCCCCACAGAUAGUCUUCCCACUGCUUGUUUAUCCAUUUGCAGCAGUCAUCUCCUCUUCCCACCAGAGAUGAUUGACCCCAUGUAUGAAUCAACACGAACUCUGGUGCAUGGUCUGGCCUCGCAGUGGUCUGGUAUUAAUAUCAUUCCAAAUGAACCAGCCGAUACAUGGGUCACUGUCGGUGUAGCAUGGUACAUUACAGACACAUUCAUGAAGCACCUUUGCGGAAACAAUGAAUAUCGUUUCAGACUGAAACAAAUGUCUGACCGGGUUUGCGAGUUGGACUACGAACGUCCUUCCAUUUUCGACAUGGGCAACAUCCUCAAGGUCGAUCCUUCUGAAUACCGCUUUGUUGCACUGAAGGCACCCUUGGUCUUGUGGAUCCUCGAUCGCCGGCUCACUAAGGCCAGCGGAAAGCCCACUAUGUCUCGCAUUGUUACUCGACUGUUUCUCAACUCUCGCAUGGGCGACAUGCCUAAUGGGGCUGUCACUUCAUCUCUCUUCCAGAAGACUUGCGAGAGACUGGGUCACGCCAAGCUAGACGUUUUCUUCCAACAAUGGGUUUAUGGUGCAGGAUGCCCACGGUUCACUGCGAGUCAACGAUUCAACAAGAAGAAGCUUGUAGUAGAGAUGAUGAUCCGACAAAUUCAGGCUGAGCCACAACCUCCUCGAGAUCUGGAGAAAGACACGUUUCUCCGUGACGUCAAAGAAGAAGUUCGUCACGUUUAUGCAGGUGCAGUGCAACCUGUGUUUACGGGAUCCAUGACCCUUCGAAUUCACGAAGCCGAUGGUACACCAUAUGAACAUAUCGUUGAGAUCAAAGAAGGAGUGACGAAGUUUGACAUUCCGUAUAACACUAAAUACAAGAGGCUUAAGCGCAACAAGAAGCAAAGGGAGCGGGCUGUGGCAAGUGGAGAUGCCGAGGUCCAAGAGGAAGUUCUCCUGUACUGUUUGGGAGAUGUUCUCCAAACAGAGGAAGAAGCACAAACUUGGCACCUGGCUGACUGGACAAAGGAGGACGAAGAGCGAAUGGGACAGGAGUCUUACGAAUGGAUUCGUAUGGAUGCAGACUUUGAAUGGAUCUGCAAGUUGUCUCUUGGCAUGCCAGGAUACAUGUAUCUCUCCCAGUUACAGCAGGAUCGAGAUGUGGUGGCACAGCUUGAGUCCUUGCAAUACAUGGCCGCUCAACGUGAACAUCCUCUCAUCUCCACCAUCUUCGUUCGAACUCUUAUGGACAGUCGAUACUUCCAUGGUAUUCGUGUCACGGCGGCUCGCGCGUUGGUCAAACAUGCCAAGGAUGAAGUUGACUGGGUGGGCUUGUACCAUCUUGAAACGGCAUUCCAGGAACUUUUCUGUCUCCCGGGUUCCCCCAUGACGCGGUCAAACGAUUUUUCUGACCGAGCAGCCUACAUUUUGCAGCAAGUGAUUCCCGACGCGAUUUCCAAAGUGCGCGACAAUAGUGGAAAGACUCCUCUGCGAGUAAAACGGUUCCUCUUUGACAAAUUGAAGUUCAAUGACAACUCCAACAAUGAAUUCUCUGACAACUUUUACGUCGCCUCGCUCAUGAAGUCAUUGUGUAAUGCAAUGCUGGGCAGAACUGAGUCACGAAAUGAUGAAGAGCUAGAUCAUUUUGAUAUGGAACGAGUUCUCGAAACGCAAGCCGAGGAACAGCUCGAAAAAGAUGCUAUCGCCGAGUUUGAUCGUUAUCGACGAAUGGAUGAAUGGGCCAGCUCUUUCCAGAACCUUUACUCCCGAGCUGCAUUGCAUUGCCAGGCGCAACUCAUGCAGGCCAGGAUGAUCAAAGUGGAUCUCAUGCGAUUCCUCCCCUACACGCGGGCAGGAACGUACGACCUUCUGCGGAUCCAGGCAUUCCAAUGUUUGGUGGACCUAGAUAUUGGUCAAAACCCUGACCUUCUACGCUGGCUCAUUUUCACCUUGUCGACCGAUUCCUCAGCCUGGAUUCGCCAUCAGGGUCUAGGUUUGCUAGGACAGGCCUUGGCACAAGUUGCAUUCGGUCGUCCCCUACCAUCAGAAAACACACAGGCGGACGGCCUGAUCAUCGAACAAGAAUCCACAACAGAAAUCCGCCGGGAUGAUAUUGCAAGACGACAAACCAUUCCAGGAGCCAUUACGGCCCUCAAGAGAGAACUGGCUUCCGAUGGUUCUAUGAAGGAGUACAUGUGGGCUGCGUGCAACUCCCCAACCAUGAACCUUCUGGAACUAUCUGAGCUUAUGGAUCUUUGCCGCGUGCUUUAUGAUCCCAUCACGUCCAAGCUUGUACGGAUGAAACUUCCUCGAUACUGGAAGGUCAAAAAUCUGGGACAUGGCAAAUUGCACUUUACCAAAUCCACCAAUGUCCGCAUGGGUCCAUCAAAGGGCUCCAAACGGAAGCGCGAAGAAGGCAUGCCUCCACCAUCUACUCGCAUUACCUUCAAAACGUCCAAAACUGGCACGACUCCCGGUACUCCGUCUGCCACUCCGCUCCCCAAACUUCACAUUCCCAACCCCUCUUCCACACCCAGCGCGACUCCCAGAACCCCAGCCGCAUCUACCCCCUCUACUCCAGCCAGCGGAGGCCCGCUGAAGCUCAAACUCAAGUUUGGUUCAAGACCGACUUGA